AUCCGGAUACAUCUAAAGCUGGAGGAAACCCGCGAUCCUGCCCUUAAACCAAACCCACCAAUCACCGCCCGCAAAUCCGCGCUGACUAAGCCCAAUCUCGAACCUCACGUUCAUCUCCAACGACGCUCUCGUAAACCAGGUCUGCAGGCAUAAUACAGCUUUGAGCGCAAUCUCACAAUCACACCGCAACCAUGGCUGAGAGCAAGUCCUUGGUCCUCGACCCGGCCAUUCAGAAAUACUACGAACUCAACCAGACCCGCUUCAGGUACUUCCGAUGGACGCCACGCACCGCCUGGUUGACUCUCGUCUACGUCGGCAUCAUCCCCGCUGCUCUGACCUAUGUCGCUUAUAAGACUGACGGCAAAUAUGAGCUCCGUGGGAAGAGACGGGGAGACACGAUCCGCGAGUUUUAGAUGGGUUUGAGAUUGAAGGAUUGGGAUACCAUAUGGGAUUCUUAUCUCGACUGUUGUCAUGCACUGUUUUUUAUCGGCUCGCAUAGGAAAACAGAUCGUCUGGUCGGGAAUUGAGGCAGAAGGGAGUACUCGUCCGUGUCGUGGAAGUCAUGUCUUGUCACCUCUAGUCUGCAAUCGAGGGAGUGUCCAUUUUGACUACUGAUCACGGAGGGACAUGGCAGAGUCUUCCUGGUCAUGCCUUGCUGUCUGCU